GAACGGACGGCGAAAACCCUAACAAAAACCUCCAUUCACCGGCGAAAAUGCGAGCUCCGAUCUCCGGAAUUUUCUCGAGAUCUCUCGGUUACCUCCACCGUACGACGCCGCUAUCCUCCGCUACUCGUCACCUAUGCGCCGUCGCUUCUCCCGAAGCUCGAACGAAGAAACUCGAGCGAAUCGCCGACGAUUUACUCAAACUGAAUCGGAUUGAGCUUUACGAUUACUCACUCCUCUUCAGCCAUAAAAUAGGUCUCAAUCGCUACGGUUCCGCCGUAGCUGUUACCGGAUCUGUCGGCGACGCGUCAGCUUCUACGGAGACGAAAACGGCGGAGAAGACUACUUUCGAUGUGAAGCUUGAGAAAUUCGAAGCGGCUUCGAAGAUUAAAGUGAUAAAAGAGAUCAGAGCAUUCACGGAUCUGGGAUUGAAAGAAGCUAAGGCUUUGGUUGAGAAAGCCCCAGUGAUUGUGAAGAAUGGUCUUACUAAAGAAGAAGCUGAGAAGAUCAUGGAGAAACUCAAAGCGGUUGGUGCUAUUGUAGCUUUGGAAUGAAACUGAGAUUGAGAUCAAAAUAAGUAUUUUGAAUUUUUCGAAAUCAAACAAUGUUGAAAGCUUUUGAGAAUUAUGAAUAUUGAUUUUACAAUAUGGUUCUGUGUGUUUGCUUAAUGUGUGUCAUCUUCUUGCUUAGAUUCUCAUAACUGAAAUGCCACUUCUAUCAGGGAUUAGCUUCUUCAUGUAAUACUUUGAAUUUCUUGAAAGAUUGAUUCUUUGUCUUC